UGUUCUGCGCGCGUUCCAAGAUGGCGGCUGCGACAGGCUUCCUCAGGGUUUGCAAGCAGAGGCUGAAUUGGGGGGUUCCUGCGCGCAGGGCGUUCUGGGGGAACUGGAGGAAAAAGCAGGAAGAACAGGAGGCAGUAGAACCAGCUGUUCCAAUGGAAAAGGAACCAGUUCUGGUUUGCCCUCCACCACGGAGCAGAAAAUAUCUUCCACCUAAGGAUCUCCAGAGUCGCUUAGAGGCUCAUGUCAGAGAGAUAUUUGGAUCCUCCGUUUCCAAGGACUGGCUACAGGUGUCUCUGGGAGAAAGCAAACUAAAGUAUUGUUUGUUGGCACAGCUGGCUGAAGAUCUGGGCCAUGCUGUCCCUAAUUCCCAUCUCCAUCAGAUGAAGAGUUACAGGACGCCUGUGAAAGACGUCUCCAAGUUUGAUGAACUAAGCACACAGGAGCUUCCCCCAAACUUGAGAAUCCGCUGGCAGUAUUGAGCCAUUUUAGAGGGAAAGGAGGGUUUCUUCUAGAGGAAUGCCUGAAAGCACCACUGAGAACUCUCAUCUUUGCAAAAACUUCUUGCAGAAUCUACCACCACUGGCAGGAGGCCUUGUUCUCCAGCAUCAAUACUUUGUGAUUGGUGAGAGGAAUAAUUUGAGUACAUUCCUACUUACAGGCUGGUCAUUGUUGAAUGGAAAUGUUGGGAACUGCAAUGAAUUGCUGGGCAUUAAAUGA